GGAUGGCCGAGAGAACCUCUGCCGGACUGUUGACCGUGACGCUGGAGCCCACGCCGGCUGUCGCCAUGACCCUGCCGGCGGAGGUCCGAGCCAAGUUGGCCGAGCUGGAGUUGGAGCUCUCGGAAGGGGACAUCACUCAGAAGGGCUAUGAGAAGAAAAGAAGCAAACUGUUGGCACCGUUCAUCCCACAGAUACAAGGUGUAGAUCCCUCUCUCCAGAUUGACAGCCAGAUCCAGGCCUCCUCCCAGGCUGUUCUCUCAGCAUCCAAACAAAACAAAUCUCGGGCAGCCAACACCAGGGAUGAACGCUUCCGCUCUGAUCUGCACACAGAAGCCGUCCAAGCAGCUUUGGCCAAAUACAAAGAAAGGAAGAUGCCCAUGCCGUCCAAGAGACGAUCCGUGCUAGUCCAGUCCUCUGUUGAGGCAUGCACCCCGCCUGACACCUCCUCGGCAUCUGAAGACGAGGGCUCGCUGCGGCGAAAGGGACGUCUGGCCAACUCCACGCCUAACCAGAGCCACAGCCACCCGGCCGUUGAGCACUGGUUUAACCGGGUCAUCCAGGGUUCGUCCACCUCAUCUUCCGCUUCGUCCACCUCGUCCCACCCGGGAGGGAGGUCUGCCACAACCAGCACCAACGCCAAUAGCACGGCUCUCAACGCCAACACCAAAGCUACUGCACUGGCUGACCUUAUGGCACACACUCACUUAGAUAUCCACAUAGCUCCCCCAGACGUGACAGGCCUCUCGGGGUGCUCGUCGCUGCAUGCGGAGCAGUCCCACGUUGCCUCGGUGCGAGGCGUGUCCCGUGGCUACAACCACCACACCAGCAUCAUGGAGACGGCAGAUGGCUGUGAAUGGAGAGGUGAGGGAUCCCUCAGUUUGAUGAAUGGAGUUCCAGUCAACAGCCGCGUCUCCUCCAAAAUCCAGCAGCUGCUCAACACACUGAAAAGACCGAAGCGACCACCAUUACGAGAAUUCUUUGUGGAUGACUUCGAGGAGCUCAUGGAUGUCCAGCAACCCAAUCCAAACCAGCCAAAGCCAGAAGGCCAGCCGAUGUGUCCCCUUGAGGGAGAUCCUCUCGGAGUGGUCACCAACUGGCCUCCCUCAUUGACAGCAGCCUUGCAACGUUGGGGGACCACACAGCCCAAGAGCCCUUGUCUGACGGCACUUGAUAACGCCGGCAAGCCUGUCUACACUCUCACUUAUGGUAAACUAUGGACCCGCAGCCAGAAACUUGCCUACACACUUCUCAACAAGCUGAGCACGAGGAAUGAACCUUUGCUGAUGCCUGGAGAUAGGGUUGCACUUGUGUUCCCUAACAACGACCCUGUGAUGUUCAUGGUGGCUUUCUAUGGCUGUCUGCUGGCAGAACUGGUGCCUGUACCCAUUGAAGUGCCGCUGACCAGAAAGGAUGCUGGAAGUCAACAAAUUGGCUUUCUGCUUGGCAGCUGCGGGGUGACGUUGGCUCUUACCACUGACGCUUGUCAGAAAGGUUUACCCAAAGCACAAACGGGUGAGGUAGCCACAUUCAAAGGCUGGCCCCGGUUGCUGUGGUUUGUGACAGAUGGAAAACAUGUUGUAAAGCCUCCCAAAGACUGGCAUCCUCCAAUCCGUGAAGCAAGCAAUGACAUAGCCUACAUAGAAUAUAAAACCAGCAAGGAGGGAAGCACCAUGGGGAUCACAGUGAGCCAUUCAGCAAUGCUCGCUCACUGUCACGCUCUCACACAAGCCUGCAGUUACACUGAAGCUGAGACCAUAACCAAUGUGUUGGACUUCAAGAGAGAAGCUGGUUUAUGGCAUGGCGUUCUCACUAGCGUCAUGAAUAGGAUGCAUGUGAUCAGCAUUCCUUACUCCUUAAUGAAAGUCAACCCUCUCUCGUGGAUACAGAAGGUUCAUGCAUACAAAGCACGGGUGGCCGUGGUGAAGUCCAGGGACAUGCACUGGUCUCUGCUGGCUCAAAGAGACCAGAGAGACAUCAGCUUGAGCUCACUGCGGAUGCUGAUUGUAGCCGAUGGAGCCAACCCAUGGUCAAUAUCUUCCUGCGAUGCCUUUCUCAACGUGUUCCAGGCACGUGGGCUACGACCUGAGGUGAUCUGUCCAUGUGCCAGCUCUUCCGAAGCCAUGACUGUCGCCAUCCGCAGACCUCCAGAAUUGGGUGUCCCUUCACCGGGCAAGGCAGUCCUGUCAAUGGGUGGGCUGAGCCACAGCGUGAUCCGCGUGGACACUGAAGAAAAGCUCUCUGUCCUCACCGUGCAGGACGUGGGACAGGUCAUGCCCGGAGCUUUGGUGUGUGUGGUGCGAGCGGAGGGAACGCCGUACCUCUGUCAGACAGAUGAGGUGGGAGAAAUCUGCGUGAACUCGAAGUGCACGGGUGCAGCCUAUUACGGCCUCCAGGGCAUGACCAAGAACAUAUUUGAGACCACCCCAGUCACGUCGGCUGGAAUUCCAGUCACUGACCGAACCUUCACCAGAACCUCACUGCUGGGUUUUGUGGGACCAGACAACCUCGUGUUCGUCGUAGGGAAGAUGGAUGGAUUGAUGGUGGUCAGUGGGCGGAGGCACAACGCUGACGACGUGGUUGCCACGGCGCUUGCAGUGGAGCCCAUGAAGUUUGUUUACAGGGGCAGGAUAGCUGUGUUUUCAGUCUCGGUGCUGCACGACGAGAGGAUUGUCGUGGUGGCGGAGCAGAGACCAGACGCCUCUGAGGAAGACAGCUUCCAGUGGAUGAGCCGCAUCCUUCAGGCCAUAGACAGCAUCCACCAAGUGGGUGUGUACUGCUUGGCCCUGGUGCCUGCCAACACGCUUCCCAAGGCUCCCCUGGGUGGCAUCCACAUAUCAGAGACCAAACAGCGCUUCCUGGAGGGCUCCUUGCAUCCCUGCAACGUCCUAAUGUGCCCUCACACGUGCGUCACCAACCUGCCCAAGCCGAGGCAAAAGCAGCCGGAGGUCGGCCCUGCUUCUAUGAUCGUAGGCAACCUGGUGGCAGGCAAGAGGAUAGCGCAGGCCUGUGGGAGAGACGUGACCCAGUUGGAAGACAAUGAGCAGUUCCUCUACAUUCAAGAUGUUCUACAGUGGAGAGCACAGGUCACUCCUGAUCAUCCCCUGUUCCUUGUUCUCAAUGCCAAGGGCACGGUGGCGAGUGCGGCGUCCUGUCUGCAGCUCCACAAGCGGGCUGAGCGCGUGGCUGCGGCUCUGAUGGGACGCCUCAACACUGGGGACCACGUCGCACUUGUCUACACACCAGGAAUCGACCUGAUUGCCACUUUCUAUGGCUGCUUGUAUGCUGGCUGUGUCCCGGUAACAGUCAGACCUCCACACCCACAGAACCUGGCCACCACCCUUCCCACCGUCAAGAUGAUUGUUGAGGUCAGUAAGUCAGUGUGCAUCCUGACCACACAAGCAAUAAUGAAGCUGCUGAAAUCCAAAGAGGCCGCCGCUGCAGUGGACGUCAAGAGCUGGCCAAUGGUGCUGGACACAGAUGACCUCCCCAGAAAGAAAAGUCCUCAGAUCUACAAGCCCCCAACCCCGGAGAUGUUGGCUUACUUGGACUUUAGCGUUUCCACCACAGGCAUCCUGGCAGGAGUCAAGAUGUCCCACGCGGCCACCGGUGCCUUGUGUCGCUCCAUCAAACUGCAAUGUGAGCUCUACCCUUCUCGCCAGAUCGCCAUCUGUCUGGACCCAUACUGCGGCCUGGGCUUCGCUCUCUGGUGCCUGUGCAGUGUGUACUCUGGCCACCAAUCCAUCUUAGUUCCCCCUCUGGAGCUGGAAAGCAACGUGUCCGUGUGGCUGGCCGCAGUCAGUCAGUACAAAGUGCGCGUCACCUUCUGCUCCUACUCAGUCAUGGAAAUGUGCACCAAAGGCCUGGGCUCACAGACGGAAGCACUACGGCUGCGAAACGUCAACCUGUCGUGUGUGCGCACGUGCAUGGUGGUAGCAGAGGAGAGGCCUCGCAUCGCGCUCACGCAGUCCUUCUCCAAGAUCUUCAAGGACCUGGGGCUUUCGGCGCGCGCCGUCAGCACCACCUUCGGUUGCAGGGUGAAUGUGGCCAUAUGUUUGCAGGGCACAGCGGGACCGGACCCCACGACGGUUUACGUGGACAUGAGGGCUCUGCGACACGACAGGGUUCGCCUGGUUGAGAGGGGGUCCCCACACAGUUUACCCCUGAUGGAAUCCGGCAAGAUCCUUCCUGGAGUCAAGGUGAUUAUUGCCAACACGGAGACGAAAGGGCCCUUGGGAGACUCUCAUCUUGGAGAGAUCUGGGUGAGCAGUCCUCACAAUGCGACAGGCUACUACACAGUCUACGGCGAAGAAGCGCUGCACGCAGACCACUUUAACACCAAGCUGAGCUUCGGGGACACGCAAACAGUGUGGGCGAGGACGGGCUACUUGGGCUUCCUGCGACGCACCGAGCUGACCGACGCUCGGGGAGAGCGCCAUGACGCCCUGUACGUGGUGGGCUCUGUCGAUGAGACCCUCGAGCUGAGGGGAAUGCGCUACCACCCAAUCGACAUCGAGACGUCCGUCAUCCGCUCCCAUAAGAGCAUCGCUGAAUGCGCCGUGUUCACUUGGACCAACCUACUUGUGGUGGUGGUGGAGCUGGAGGGCUCCGAGCAAGAGGCCCUGGACCUGGUGGCCCUGGUCACCAACGUGGUGUUGGAGGAGCACUACCUCAUCGUGGGCGUGGUGGUGGUGGUCGACCCCGGCGUCAUUCCCAUCAACUCCCGAGGGGAGAAGCAACGCAUGCACCUGCGAGACGGAUUCCUGGCCGACCAACUCGACCCCAUAUACGUGGCGUACAACAUGUGAGGUCUCGACCGCAGGACGUGCCGGGGAUUCCUCGCCUUUCAAAUGCCAAAUGUGUUUUGUCUGCUGUGGACCAGGAGUGACACCAGUAGCUCUGCCGUGACUCGUCUGUGAUUAUGUCCCCAACCAUCACCGUUACACGUGUUGCAUUAAUUAACAGAGAACUGGGGAGCGGGGGGAGAGGGGGGCUAUCCACCAGGUACAGUGGAUAUAAAAAGUCUCCGCACCCAUGUUCAAAUGCCAGGUUUUGGUGAGAGGAAAUUGGCCUGUAACCUGUGCAACUCAAGGGAAAGUAAAAAUAUCUCCCCAAAAAACACGAUGCUGUUUUGAACUGCAUAGGGAACAUAAUUCCCUCCAUAAUGUCUAAGACCGCAGUUCCAUUUUUCGAUAGUUGUAAAAAAAAGUUAAGAAAAAGUUCAUCUUGGUCUAUUUUUUUUGUAUCACAAAAAUCUGGCAUUAUGAACGGGAGUUUUAUAUCUACUGAGGUUCUACAGUGCUCAGAAAGAAGAGCUCUGCAUUUCCUUGAUUGUUUUUUUGUAACCUGUAUGUUUUUUUUUUUUGGGGGGAGGGGGGGGCGCGGGGGCGGUAUAUGUCUGGGAAUGUCUAGCUCGUGUUUCCACUGCAGUUUUCAGCAGAAUAAUGCUAAGCAGAGGGGUUGUGCCACAGCGGAGGUCUGUUUCAGAGCAGCUCAACUUCCCUUUUGUUCUUCUUCAGGAGACAAACUCGUUGAGACUUUCUCGACAGCGCCUCUGUAGGUUGCAGCCAAGCUGUGCGCUUCCUUUUUGCCUGGCUCGCUUCAAGGCACACAAUUGCACACAGAAUUCUUCGGAAUAUUAUUCCCAUCUCUAUGACAGACGUUCUGGUGCCGCUCAAAUCUUGUGAUAUAGUUUUGUGUGUUCCCUUUUGUAUGUAAACUCAAUGCAAUAGGACUGAUGUAAAGUAUGUGGCUUUGGGAUGACGUGGUGUCCCAGACGGCAAUGGUGACGGCAAGGACCAUGCCUUGUGUUUUUUUUGUUUUUUGUUAAUUUUUUUUUUUUCAAUCCCAGCUCUGCUUGAAUUUCAUUCAGUCCAGUUCGGCAGCUGUCACAUUCGGAGGACGUAUGCAGAAAGGAAGUACAAGGUGGUCCUUGGUUGUACGAUGGAUUUGUGUUCCUAUGGCGACGUAACCCAAAUCUGUACGUUAUUUGGAAUGCGCCAUAGAAAAAUCAAUAUCCUAAACUACUGCAUUCGUAAAGUCAUAAUUACAGUAAAUAAGUAUACUCCAGACCUGUGAGAGGCAGCAUGGCGCCACAGGGCACCCAGACUGGGCGGGAAUCCAAAGAAAAAGAAAACAGCGGAAGCUGAGAAUCCAACCCCGAACUUCAGAGCUGUGAGGCAUAUAAAACAAAUGAAAAACGGUAAAUACGCCGCGAACUGAGCAGGCCUCCAUUUGCCUCGUAACCAUCUUGUAAUCAUAGUUUGAAAUUUAAUAACUUUAAAAAUGUUCAUAACUUGAAAUUUCCUGUCGCCAGCCGAGGACCCCCUGUAUUAUAUAGCUCUUGCUCCUAUUGCACCCACAGUGCGGCAAAUGUGAACAUACUUGAUCCUCAGCCAUUACAAACGAAACACUCCUUAUAUACACCAUUCGCAAAAAGUUUGGGAUAUUGAGCUUUAGGGUGAAAUUUCAGGAUGAACCUAAAAUGCACUCAGGUGAACUUGAGUUGACCUUUUGAAGGCAAGUGUCCAACUGUUCCAUGUUUCAGUAUUGUUUUUACACAACUUGUUCUCUAUCAAGGAGCUGAAGAUUUCACAGGGUCCACGUAGUUGAAAAUGUAUUGGUCUUAUUCAUGAUGGUGAAUUUUCUCAUUACCCUUGGUAAAGUUGUCCAAAACGUACUAAACAAUGAACAGGUAGAUGUGCAUUCAAAAGUUCAGAAACGAUAAAAUUAAAUUUGUGUAAAGGAUAUAGUGCAUGUUAGGUUCGUCCCGCACUGUUUGCGAGCAGCGUACUUUGUUUGUCCGUAUUGCCAGCUGUGAUAAAUGCGUAUUUUAGAAUGAAAAGCAGUUUAAUGCACACACAAUGUUCACAACCUUUGUUUCCAGUGCCAUAACGUCGAGUGAUUCACGAUGCAUGUGCCUCCCCAUAAAGGAUUCCCAUGAGUUUGUUGCUUCUUUGCCUCAGAAACAGGCCUUGAGCAUGCUGCAAGGAUGUACAGGUUUGAUGUAAACGACUAAUCGACGCAGGGAGAUGUAACAGACUGAAGGAAUCUUCUAAAUAUGUGAAAAGUGUCCCUCGCAAACAAUCUGAGACGGACUCAAGAUUGCGAGGAAAGGAUACAAAGUGUUACUUUUUAUAGGACGAAUGAACAGGAAGAAAAGUAGCAGAGGACCGUUCUGCUCAAGUGACUGCAAAGAUGUCGCGACGUGUUGUAUAACGUGGAAAUACAUUUUGUCUGAUUUACGGUAAGGUGUCAUUAUUUUCAUAACACAAUUUCUUAAUGAAUAAAAACAAUUUUAACUUAA